AUGGCCUCGGUCCCACAGACCAUGAAGGGCGUCAUCAUCGAGAAGACGGGAGGCACAGAGGUCCUCCAACACAAGACGGACCUUCCUGUGCCCCAGCCCAAGGACGGCGAGGUCCUUGUCAAGAAUGACUUUGUCGGUGUCAACUUCAUUGACACUUACUUUCGCUCUGGCCUCUACCCAGCCCCGUCAUUCCCCUACGUCCUCGGUCGCGAGGCUGAGGGCACCAUCGUCAAGACGGGCGGCGCCGGCGACCUCUACGGCCUGAAGGAGGGUGACAAGGUCGUGUGGAUGAACACGGGUGCUUAUGGCGAGUACACAGCCGUGCCCGCCGAAAAGGUCGUCAAGGUCCCCGAUUCUCUCCCUCCCAAGGUCGGUGCCGCCUCUCUGCUUCAGGGCCUGACAGCCCUCACCCUCAUUCGCGAGGCCCACCACGUCCAGAAGGGCGACUGGGUGCUUGUGCACGCCGCGGCCGGCGGCACAGGGCAGUGGCUCUGCAAGCUGCUCAAGUCGGUUGGCGCCAACACCAUUGCUACGGCAUCGACACCCGAGAAGCUCGAGCUCGCCACCAAGGCUGGCGCUAGUCACGUUAUCAACUACAGCCACGAGGACGUCAAGGCCAAGGUCCUGGAGCUCACGGGCGGCAAGGGCGUGAUCGCUGUCUUUGACGGCGUCGGCAAGUCCACCUUCGACCUGUCGCUCAGCUGCCUCGCCCGCAAGGGCAGCAUGCUCUCCUUUGGCAACGCCUCGGGUGCCGUCGAGCCCUUCGCCAUCUCUCGCCUGAGCGCCAAGAACGUCCGGCUCAUGCGCCCGACCUUGUUCAACUUUAUUGCCGAGCGGCACGAAUUCGAGUCGUACACCAAGGAGCUGUUUGACAUGAUCAUCAAGGACAACCUCGAGCCGUCGAUUCACGAGGUGUACCCUCUUAGCGAAGUUGGGCGAGCGCAGAACGACCUGGAGGGCAGGAAGACGACGGGCAAGUUGCUCCUGGACCCCACGAAGUAG